CGUGCUGUUAACUCUAGUUCAUGGUUCUGUGCGUUCUAUGCUCCGCUUCGGUGUAUGUUUUGUGCCUAGCUUCAUUUCCAUUCCCAUUCCAAUGUAUAUGUUUUGUCGUUUUGUGUUUCCAUCCCCAUCUUUCUGUGUUAAAUGUAGGCAUUUUUUGAGUCGCUUUUUAACACGGUCUUCGCAACUUACUGCUGUAUUUAUUUAUCGUCGUAAAUUUGAAGAAAGAGAAACAGAAGCUAGAUUAAAAAUUACAUCUGUACACUUACAGAAUGUCUGGGAUAGCAGGCCAACGUCUAUCAGAAGAACGCAAGGCUUGGCGUAAAGAUCAUCCUUUUGGGUUUGUGGCUAGACCAACAAAAAAUGCAGAUGGUACUCUAAACUUGAUGAAUUGGGAAUGCAGUAUUCCUGGAAAGAAGGGAACUCCCUGGGAAGAAGGACACUAUAAACUGAGGAUGCUGUUCAAAGAAGACUAUCCCACCAGUCCUCCAAAGUGUAAAUUUGAACCUCCUCUCUUCCAUCCAAAUGUGUAUCCUUCAGGUACCGUGUGCCUAUCACUACUGGAUGAAGAAAAAGAUUGGCGUCCUGCAAUUACCAUAAAGCAGAUCCUGUUAGGUAUCCAAGAUCUCUUAAAUGAGCCAAACAUUAAAGAUCCUGCACAAGCUGAAGCAUAUACCAUCUAUUGUCAGAACCGCUUAGAGUAUGAGAAGAGGGUUAGAGCACAAGCCAGGGCAAUGAGCCAUCAAGAAUUAUAAUAGGUUAUAUAGCUUUCUAUUUGAUUACUAUUCUCUUAAUAUUCCCUGUUUGUCUAAAUUUACCUGUUACAUAAUCCAACAGAUUCGUAUUCUAAUUUAUUUAGGUAGCUUUUUCUAUCAGAGUAUGACGUUUUUGUAAUACAUAAUAAAUUAUAAAACUCUGAAAGUUGAC